AUGGGCGCGCCGGGCUUGUCGGACGAGUACUCGCCGCCGCGCCUCUCGAGGCUGCUGCACUCGCUGCCACACAUCAACGUGACCCUGCACCGAGUGAACGACACCUUCGCGCCCAACUCGCCAAUAUACCUAGAAAGCCUGGGCAUCCUCGGGUCCAUUCCAGGCGCCUGGCUGAUAUUCACUCUCACCGUUCUCCUCUUGUACCUGCUGACGAGAUGCUGCGACAGGAAGCAGCGGCCACCUCGGAGUAUCAUCGCCCUAAAGAUUACUCUGAUGAUCCUGUCCGUGCUCUGCUGCGGCGCGAUAGGGGUCGGCCUAUUCGGCAACGACGACCUCCACAACGCAAUGCUGCAGAGCAUCCAGGCCGGCAACCAGCUAGCUGGUCUAGUUAACACAAUCAAGAACCAGUCGAGCAUCAUAGAGGAGGCGAUGGGCUCGCGGGCUCGAGUGAACCUGGCGAGGGUGGCGGACGCCCUGGACGCGCCGGUGGCCAACCAGACCGCCCUGGGUACCGUCCUGAGGGCGCUCUCCGCGCUGAGGAACAACGCCAGCGCGGCCGCUUCGGCGGCUGACAACCUCAGACGGCCCCUCGCCGCCCUCAACCUGGACGCUGUGAUGAAGCGCGCGUGGGUGCUGGAGGCGGCGCGAUGGGCGGGUGGAAUGGCGGGCUGGUGCUGCGGUGGCGCCGUGUGCGUCGCUUUGCUCGCGGCGGCUGCGCGAAGGUCACGACGCGCGCUCCUGCUGCUCUGCGUGUGCGCCCUGGGGGCGCUGGUGUCCUGCUGGGCGGCGGGCGCGGUGCUGACGGCGGGCGCGGUGGCCGCCGCCGACGCGUGCCAGGAGCCGGCGCGCGCCAUCGCCCACCACGCGCCGCACCGGCUCCCCGUCGAUAUGGUCUACUACUACCUGUCGUGCAAGGUCUCCAGGGAGAACGUGCUGACUGCGGAGCUGAGGAACGCCCAAAGGGCGGUGGUGGCCGUCCGCCAAGCUCUGGCCGUGCUGUCGAGGAGCGCGCCGCAAAUGUUCACCGACUCAGAGCUGCAGCCGGCGUUGGGUGCGUUGGGCGCCGGAACGGGCGAGGCGGAGCGGGCGCUGGUCUCGCUGAGCGGGGCGCUCGAGUGCCGCACCGCGCGCGCCUACUUCGUGGCCGCGGCGCGCGCCGCCUGCGACGGCGGAUUGCAGGCUCUGUCGUUGCAACUGUUGGCUGCCAUCGCCGCUGGUUUCCUCUUUACCGCAAUUGUUCUGGUCGAUUCGCACGCAUGGAUCUACAUUAAUACCAAGCGCAGCGGCAGCGGCGAGGAGCAGGCGCCGUUCCUGUCGAGCGGCAGCAGCGCGGCCACCCGCUCGCUGCCGCGCCCCAACGCCCUACCCCAACGGGAAACCGCCCUCGUACAGCGCCGCGGUGCAGCUAAUGGACCUGGCCGA